UCUUGAGGUAAUUGGAUAAAGACGAAUGCGUUGGCGUUUCACAGAGCGAGGGAGAGAGGAAGAGCGAGAGAUGGAUGGGUGGUGGCUUUGCUUGGGAUCCAAUUCAAUGAUAGAGUAAAAGCCUUCGGAUCUUCGCUUUCCGAGAGGUGAGAUUUUGGUGGGUUGGAAGGUGGUGUUUCACUGCUGGAUGCCGGAAGACGUGGGAAGGUGAAGAGAAGAGAAGAGAAGAGACCCUCUCGACCAAACAAGACGCCAACUUCGGCUUAUUCUACACCCGGUUCCUGUCAUCUUCAUCGCUCGCUAAGAGCGUGGCGGUGUCGUCGGAAGAAAGGAAGACAACAAUGGCUGUCGCUGCGGAGGAGGCACAGUUUCAUGUACUUGCUGUGGAUGACAGCCUCAUUGACAGGAAGCUCAUCGAGAGGCUCCUCAAGUCCUCAUCAUCCUGCCAAGUUACCACGGUGGAUUCCGGGAGCAAGGCUCUGCAAAUGUUGGGUCUGAGAGAGGAUGAGGAAAGCACAUCACCUGUCCCAGCAGAUAAGAACAUUGAGGUGAACUUGGUCAUGACAGAUUAUUGUAUGCCUGGGAUGACAGGGUAUGAUCUGCUCAAGAAGAUUAAGGGAUCAUCAUCCUUGAAGAACAUUCCAGUUGUGAUCAUGUCCUCUGAGAAUGUGCCAUCCCGGACCACCAGAUGCUUGGAGGGAGGAGCAGAGGAGUUCUUCCUCAAACCAAUAAAACUCUCGGACAUGACGAGGCUCACACCUUAUCUACCAAAGGGGAAGUUGCAAGACCAACAGCGAGAAAGCAGCAACGACAACAAUUACAGCAACAAAAGCAAGGAUUUUUGCCUGAGAAGACAAGGCCGAGACUCUCCGGUAAUAGCUUGACGGAGGGGCAAAAGAGAGUGUGUGUCUAUAUAUAUAUAUAUAUAUAUAUAUAUUCUAAUUUGAAUCAAUUGUCAUGAUUUAAAAAAAUAAAUUAAUUUAUGUUGUAAUAGUUUAU